UCCUCAAGCAUGAGCUCAUCUCUAUAAAUCUAGAUGUUCAUACUUGGUCUUAUCAACCCAGACCAGUGUCUAAUCCUUGCAUAGAACUUAUGGAACAGUACAAAAUUUCACCUAAGAAAGUCACCUUCAGUGACUAUGACGAAAUAGAAAUAAUUGAUGAAUGGGCUAUAGUCUCUCAUACAACAGCAAAGAAGCCAAGAAAAUCGAUUGUGUCGAAGAAAUUGAAGCACUCUGGCUCAAAAAAUUCCAUGCUUUUAGAGCGUGAUUCCCUCAAAAAGAGAAGGAUAUGUACAAAAAAGACCAAGAGUAAAGACUUUUCUACAACUAAAUAUAACAAGCACUGAAGCAUCAGUAUUAAGAAGUUAGAUCCUUGCACCAACAAGAAGCUAAGGUCGAUCAAGACUAACCGAGCUUUCACUAAGAAACUUGUCCUAAAGACCUUAAAGAAUAGAAAUCUGAAAAAUACCCUUCUUGAAAAACUAGUCUCAGAUCCUGCUGUUAAGCCUGCUACAUGCACGAUAGAGUCAGUUAGGAAGAGUCUGCCAUCUGCCAGGAUGGUGGGGAGAUCUCCUAGGAUUCCUCCGACCAAGCAUAUCAAUGUAGACUUGACUACUCCUAAUAAGAAAGGAAAAUUUAGUGCUCAUGAAUCACUGAAUAUUUAUUAUAAAACUGGAUCUGUCAGGAGCCCUGUCCACGCUCCAAAGGAAAGAGCCUGAUAUAGUUCCUUAACAAUCGGCAAUAUGAGGAAGCACAACCUACGCCAAAACAGAAGUAUCAGUAAUGAAUCGUUAGUUGGAGGACUAAUGUCUGGUAGAACUUCUUGAGUAUCAGGCCACACGCUAAUCCAAAAUUCCAAGCAGUCUAACCUAAACGAAAAAGUGGUUCCGAACAUUGGGAAGAUAUUCUGCAAUACUCAGAGAAAAGAUGAAUCUGUGCUAUCAAUGUCUGCACAGAUUAAACGUAUGGCGAAUCUAAGCAUGAUGAGUCCUUCCUUGUCUAUCUUCGGAGGAAGUAUUCUCUCUGGGGAAGGAUUAGUGCUUCCUCAAGCAAGGGUCAGUAAGGCUGAACCUAUUAACAACCUACAAAGCCAAGAACUGAGCAAGGUGGAUCAUAACGGUGAAGAAGCCCGUAGCGAUAUUGAAGAAAAUAAUUCUCUGGCUCACUGAAGUACAGAUGAAUUUUAA